AUGACUGAUGGGAGGCCCCAAGGCUGGGAGCCUACUGAUCCGAUGAGAAUUUUAUAUCCACAUUUCGCCAUUGAUGACGCCGGGAACAUCAGAUAUCAUACUUCGCGAUCAGUCGAACAAAGUUGCCACCAUAUUUUUGGCCAGGAUGUCGAGGACAGGAUCCUUCACUUGGCAGGCUUGAAACCAUAUCACAUACCCUCCGAACAGACCCGCUGGGAAACAUUCAAUGAUUUGUAUGUCAAAGAAGAUCGGGUUGGACUCCAGAUUGGUGAUCGAGAAAAGAUUGGGUCCUACUAUCAUGUGGCUUUCAGUGGAUUCCAGCAAAUAAACUGCUGCACAAUCUCCAAAGCCUGGAUCAAGCUUAUUGAGCCAAAGAAACAGACCAAACACCCUUAUAAUGGAGGACAAGGUGCCGAUGGUGAGAAAGGGGAUCCAGAAAGGACUAAGCCAGACUGGUGGCCUUCUAGUGUUAUGCACAAAGAACCAGAUCACCUGAAGAAAUCUGCUCGUCUCCGGCUCUUGACUCAUCUUAUCCGUGAACUCGCGAUAUCCCAUAAUAUCACAGCUGAUAAACUUGAAGAAGCUGGAAGGGAUGUUCAACGCCAGAUCAAACCAAGAGAGAGAUGGGAUAUCCUGGAAGAGAUAUACAUGGUCCGGAGGAUGGAGGAAAGUUAUGAAAGGGGGGAAAUAAGCGCCAAUACCAUGGUAUAUGUUAUCGACAGGCCAAAACCUGGUAAAGAAAAACUAGAUUCCUCAUCCGGUGCGGGUGUGGAAUCAAGCCCCGACCCGAAGCCAGACACGAUUACAAGUGCUGUUGAUAUUCAACCCAAUAUGGAGACAAAAGAUACUGCACCAGCACCUGAAGCGCCACUGGGAGAGCCUGCACCUAAACAUGGCACAUCAGAAGCCGGCAUGGAUAGUGCUGAUGGGUGUGCAAAAAGAAAACAUGCUGAAAAAGCUUGUCAGUCGUGCAGAGCUCGCAAAGUACGAUGUAGUUUCUCAGAGCAUGGUACUUCUUGCUGUCUUUGCAAACUCGGUGGCUUAGAAUGUAUUAUUCGGGAACGAAAGCGGGAACGAAAGCGUCCUACCCGGACAGCUAAAAAAGUCCCACAGGAAUUCCAACCACAGCCGCAACUGCUAAUGUCUUGUGGAGUCAUCCACAAUAUGGAACAAGAGGCCCUUCUUCGGUCUCGUGUUUUAACACCAGUAUCAUCUGAAUCAGGUGACAUCAAGCUCCCCCCAAACCAGCUUCUGAACACAGACAUGCAUGGCAUUGGGACACAGCCACAGUGCGGAUACCUUCCAGACGCUGCUACAGGUCCACAGUUUCACCACAACCCAUCCAACCACCAUGCCCUUGGGCGCCAAAGUUGGCCACCUAUCCCCGCUCACUUUGGCGGUGGAUGGUGA